ACACACAUUCCCGCAAGCAAGCAAACAAGCAAGCAGCAAGAUUGACGGGACUAUACCAUGUCGCAUCUUCAAUCCUCGCAGCUCUUCUCGGUCGACGGACUGGUGGCCAUCGUUACCGGUGGUGGUAGCGGCCUGGGUCGGACCAUGGCCCUCACUCUCGCCGAAAACGGGGCCUCCAAGGUCUUCAUCCUGGGCCGUCGCGAGGAAUCCUUGCGGGAGACAGCGGCCCUCAGCAAGAAAGACUCGAUCAUCCCAGUCCGGGCCGAUAUCUCAUCAAAGGAGUCCUUACAGGCCGCCUAUGAUACGAUUGCCGCACAGACAGAUCAUGUCAAUCUGCUCAUAGCAAACAGUGGAGUCGUGGGCGACACGACCAUGCGUCCCCCCGGCCCCAAGCCCGACGGGUCGAGCCCAAGUCUUGCCGAGAUUCGCGACCAUCUGUGGUCCUUCCCCAUGCAAGAGGUUUCGAGCGUCAUGGAUGUGAAUGUCACGGGGACGUACUAUACCGUCCUGGCAUUUCUGCCCUUGCUCGACGCAGCGAAUAAGAAGAGGCCGGCCCCGGUGAAGAACCAACCCGCCGCGCCAACGGCCCAGGUUAUCAUCACCAGUUCCAUCGCGGCCUAUAAUCGGCGCGUGGCAUUUAACGUCGCGUAUAAUCUCUCCAAGGCGGCGGUAAAUCAUCUGAUCAAGAUUCUGUCCACAACUCUGACGCCGUACCAUAUUCGUGUGAAUGGCCUCGCCCCGGGUUUGUAUCUGUCUGAGAUGACAACGUCCAGUUUCGGAUUCGAAGAUCAGGGAGUCUCGGAUGGAUCCUUCCCCAAGGAAGUGGUGCCGCUGACUCGAGCUGGCAGCGAGCAAGAACUUGCCGGGAUGGUUCUUUGGAUGGCCAGUGCGUCGGGGGCCUAUAUCAAUGGCAAUAUCACGGUGACCGAUGGGGGCCGGUUGAGCACGGUGCCAUGCACUUAUUAGUGGUCGUCCCAUAGAUAUGUAUAUAGAUGAUAUGAAGGAUAUGAAGACCCAUUACACGAUGCUGUAUGCAUCAUUGGACGUAUGGAUUAUCGCGUGAAUUCCCCUACUUCAUGGUCAAUGUUUGCACCAAAUAUUCAAG